GCUCCGCGCCCCGCUGCCUGCGCGCCCCACAGCCCCGCGGGACGCUCGGAGGGCAGGGCCCGCCCCGGGCCGGCCGCUUCCCCGCGCCGGCUGGGGACCAUGUGGCUGCUCCUCUCGGCGCUGCUCUGUCUAGCCGCGCCGGGGGCCCGCGGGUCCUUCCGCGGGAGCGACACCUUCUGCUACAUGGAGGCGGCGGGCACCGCGGGCACCGGGUACCUGAGCUUCCUCAGCCGGCGCUCGGGCGCCCUGGCCCUGGUCCAGAGCGCCUGGGACGGGGCUGGGCACCUGCUCGCCUGCUCCAUCCGCGAGGAGGCCUGGCUCACGCGCCUGUACCGGGAGUCCUGCGCCAAGCGCCCGCGGAGCAGCCCCCGGAGCCCGGCGCGCCAGCGAGCCCUGGACAGCCUGGCCCAGCAGAUCCACGUCUGCAGCCGGGCUGAGCCCCUGGCGGCUGGCGGGGCCCGCGUGAGGAGAGCGCCCGUGGGCGAGGAGCGUGGGCGCAGGAGGACCCGGCGGGGCUGGACCGUCCCAGGGACGCUGUGGUGCGGAGCUGGGGACUCUGCAGGGAGCCUCAACGAGCUAGGAAUCUUCCAGGGCCCAGACUUGUGCUGCCGGGAACACGACCAAUGCGCAGAGCAGCUCUCUGCCCUGGAGUACAACUACGGCAUCCGCAACUACCGCCUGCACACCAUCUCGCACUGCGACUGCGACACCAGGUUCAGGCAGUGCCUGCUGGGGCAGAACGACACCAUCUCCAACAUCGUCGGCAUCACCUUCUUCAACCUGCUGGAGAUCCCGUGCUUCGUGCUGGAGCAGAGCGAAGCGUGUGUGGACUGGCACUGGUGGGGAGGGUGUAAGCACUACGGCCCCGUAGCCCUGGCCCGGAUAGUGCAGCAAAGCCAGUACUACUACGGCCUGCCCCAGGGGGAGACGGCCAGCGCUGCCACGCGCCCCCCAGCCAAGGGCAAGAAGCCUGCCAGGCGGGGCAGGAAGCACCAGAGGAAGAACAGGAAGAGGCCUGGGCAGGACAAUGGGGCCCAGGGGUCACAGAGCCCCAGAGAAGAUCAAAGACCUGUCACGGCCCCCCUGCCCAGGGGCCUAGGCACGCUGCCCCCUGCUGAGGAUGGGGCCACCACCCCACACAGGCGUGCCCCAGACCUGGGGGGGCAGGAGCCACCACCCGUUACACUGAGGGCCUCAGAGCAGGGCCCCACGCCGGGGACUGAGCACCCACCCCCUGGUGGGGUUGGAACGGAGGGGGCAGGGCAGCCCCAGGACGGGGAUUCAGCACGCCCUGCCCAAAGGACUAACUCGCCGCCCACCACAGCCUUGGAGCCGCGCCGCACCCCCACACCGCACCCACCCGAGCCGAGCCGCCGGGCCCCAGCAAGGAGCUGCGGAUGCUACCGGCGCCUUGACCAGUGUGAGCACAAGAUUGCGCCCCAUGAGCUCAAGUACCAGCUGCGCAACCCGGACUCCCGCACCCUGUUCCACUGCAACUGCACCCGCAGGCUGGCGCGGUUCCUGCGCAGGACGAAGGGCCCCAAUGAGGUGGAGGAGGAGGUGCUGUCCGACUUCAUCUCCGCGGCCUGCUUCGUGCUGGAGCCGCCCGGGGGCUGCGCUGACGGGGAGCAGCAGCCCAACUGCAUCGGGUUGGGCCGGGCCGUCCUGGCGCCUGCGCGGCACCUGCAGAACACGCUGGGGCGGUGGCAGGCGCGGCCCGCAGCCUCCGUCAAGGUCAAGCGGCAGGAGUGGGAGACGCAGGGCAGCCCCCCCAGACUCUACGACAAGUGUCUCCAGCUGGCCAGGGCAGCCCGGAGGUCAGGCCAUCACCCAGCACCCCACUGAGGCCAGGGCACAGCUGGACGUGGGACCAUGGAGCCAGUCUGUCUGCAGGGGGAACGGGGCGCUGAGGCCGUGGCCAGCCCUGCCCCUGCUCACCUCCAGCAGGGCUGGGAGACUGACUGUGCCGCAGGGCAGCAUGGGCACUGCAGGGAGACAGGACCCUCCCAGCCUGGUCUGGGACAGGGGAUUGGCUGUUCCCUCCCUCUCCUUCACCUGCUGGUGCAGCUGCCCCCUGCCCCACACUCCUGGGGGGUGGGCUGGGCAGGGCCCUGGCCCAGGCAGGAGCUCGGGGCGGGGAGGGGGAGGCCAAGGUGCUGCCUCCCCUCCACAUUCCCCCACGGGGAGCACCCUGUCCAGUGCAAACGUCAAACAAGCCCUGCCUGGGGGAGGGGCUCUGUCCCUUGAACACUGGCCCUGGGGGGAGACGCUCCAGGCCAGGAUGCUACUCCCUGAAGCUCUGCCAUGGGGGGCACAGGGGGUGCCUCUUCAGGACUGCAGCCCAGGGGGCUGAGCCUCAGGAAACCAGCCCCACCCUGGGGGGAAUCCCAUGCCUGGGGGAGGGGCUGCUGCCGCUAGCAGUGCCCCCACCCGAGAGGGGCAGGAGGGCUCGGCUGUACCUCCUCUAGGCUGGGGCGAGGAGAGGGGUGAGUCAAGACUGCGGGGUGCUGUUCCCAGCCUUGCUGUGUGAGCCUGUUACUGCCCUGCCCAGGGUGGGGGGCAGAGCCCCCUCUCCCAGCCCUGGGGCAGAGCGGGCCCCUGACA